GAUACAUGGAUUUUACGGGGAAGGUGGCAUUAGUGACAGGAGGGAGCUCAGGUAUAGGAGCUGCCUCCGCCAAGAUACUCGCCACUCAUGGAGCACAAAUCGCUUUAGUCGGAAGAAACGAGCAAAGACUAAAUGAAGUUGCCAAGUUAUGCUACAACGCCAAAGGUUUGACGCCUCUGCAAUUGAGACUAGAUCUGACAGAAGAGGGGAAUUGUCAAAAAGCUGUUGAAAAAACGGUUCAGAAAUUUGGAAGACUAGAUGUUUUAGUAAAUUCAGCCGGAAAAUACGCUGUGGGAUCUCUGCUAGAUGAGACAACUGAAGUGUUUGAUGAACUGACGAAAUUAAACCUUGGAGCGACGUACAAAAUGACGCAUUUUGCUAUACCACAUUUGAUCAAAACAAAAGGCAAUAUAGUCGUGGUUGCAGCAGCUCAGUACGAGAAGAUUAGACAUGGUUUUGUAGCAUUUUCAACUAUAAAUGCUGCACUGACUAAAUUCACUAAAAUCGCUGCAAUCGAGUUGGCCACAUUGGGAGUUAGAAUCAAUUCUGUGGCUAUAACAGUGACCAGAACUAACAUUUUAUCCAAUAUUAAUAUUGAAAGUCAAGAAGAGCGAGAAUCAAUAUACAGGGUGAUCGAAAGUCAUAAUAAUAUGAAAAUACUGGAUCCUGAAGAAGUUGCUAAGAUGGUUGUUUUCAUUGCUAGUAACUUGUGCCCAAGUAUGAAUGGUGCUAAUGUUUGUAUUGAUAGUGCUGCGACGUCCAGGUAGUAGACGUUACUAUAAGGAGACAUUACGUGCCAAUGCAUUUUGCUUUACUGUCAUGACUAUUUGUGUUUUCAUUAGUAAGUACUGAUAUUCCUUACUGAUUAUCCUAUUUUUUAUUUUUUAAUUCAAAACGA